CCCACAUCGCUACUAAACCCCAUCACAGACUUUCUCUACAUGACUACCGUACACGACGACAACCGCUUCGUCCAUCUCGCGGACCUCUCUCAGCGCCCGAGGGUACUGACGCGAUGGGAGCAGCGGAGGCAUAAGAACGCUCACUGGUUCGUCGAGCUCUUUUCGGAGGCGAUGGGCGUGUUCAUAUACUGCUUCGCUGGAGUGGGCAGCACCGCGGCGUACGUCUUGGGCACCUUGGCCGGCAGCACCGGUCUAUCAUCCAUCCAGCAGAUCGGUCUGGCGUACGGAGCAGGCAUCGUGAUCGCGCUCGUUAUCACCAGCGCCACCAGCGGUCAUAUCAACCCCGCCGUCACCCUCACGUUCGCAGCCACCGGCAAGUUCCCCUGGCGCAAGGUCCCACAGUACAUCGCGGCGCAGAUCUUGGGCGGCUACAUCGCGUGCCUGCUCGUCUACGUGCAAUACGAAACCCUGAUCAAGGAAGUCGAAGUCGCGCUGGCGGCCAAAAGCGCGUUGGACGCGGUCAACUUCACGCCCCAAGGGCCCGCGGGCAUCUUCGGCCUGUACGUCCUCCCCGGCGCCCACCUCGGCCGCGCGUUCCUCAACGAGUUCGUCUGCGCUUUCCUCAUCGGCCUCGUCAUCUUCGCCUGCCUCGACCCGACCAACUUCUUCGCGCCGCCGGCCGCCGGCCCGUGGAUCAUCGCCUUCGCAUACGCGAUCAUGGUGUGGGGGUUCUCGCCCAACGGACUGGCUUUGAACACCGCGCGCGACAUGGCGGGCCGGCUCGCCGUGCUCACCCUCUGGGGCACGAAAGCCGCCGGCGGGCGGUACGCGGCGAUCGCGGCGCUGACGAACAUCCCCGCGACGAUGCUCGCCGCGGCCGUGUACGAGUUUAUGUUCACCGAUUCGAGCCGAGUCCUCACCCCGGCCGCGAGGGACCACCUCGAGGGCCACAAGGCGCACCUGGACAGGAAGGCGCACGGCUCCGCGCUCCAUCUCCCGAUGCAGGGGCACCAUCACCAGCACCACCCCACGAACGGCGCGGCCGCGGCGACGUAUAAGACGCACUCCGAUAAGGCGACGGCCGAGAUGGUAGAACAUGCCGCGUAGCGUAGCGUGGGCGGCACCGCUAGGGUUCGUUUCUCAUGAUCAGGGAAGGAAGUGGGAGGAGGAGGAGGAGGAGGGUAUGGUUAGCUUUCACGAUCCAUCCAUGGCAGGCGGGGAUAAUGAGGAUUUGAUUUUUUUGAUUUUUUUUUGGCUCGCGCAUGUGUUCAGUAUUGUACGUUUACAAAGAUGAAGUUACGGAGCUGCAGUGGAGGGAUCCGGCGGCGCGCCAUAGGAUCAUCACAGAGUGUGCGUGAGAGGGAGAGCAGUCAUCCUCGGAUUCCUCCCAGACACCGAUCGCGAGAGACAGGUUAUGGAAACCUGCCGCAGACGGACGUUUUGGCGUUCGACGGCCACGCUGAGGGGUCGGGGGCAUGGCAUGGUUGC